GUUUUGGGUUAUUUUCAGUCUCGCAUUCGCGAGAUUCGUUGUUGGUUUGGUUUUUUUUUCAUUCCUUCCCUUGUGAUGUUAUUCUGAAGUUUCACAUCUUGCACGGCAACAACAACGGAAUAAAAAUCGGCAAUUUUUAUUCUUCUUCUGCACUCAAAUUUGACGUUCGUCUCCCCAAAAAAUGAAGGUCGAAUAAAACACCGCUGUCGGUCACAGGGGAGACACUUUUGCUCAUUCAGAGCUGGCCUUUGGUUUGGAGUAAAAGAGUUCGGAGCUGCUGAGAUAAUCGAAUUGUGUUUUCAGGUGUUAGUUAAGAUAUUCAAGGAGUAGUUUGCAGCCUAGACGAGCAAUUUAACGAUGCUUCCUCGAGUUAUUGACCGAUCAGUUCUCCGGCUGUAUUCAUCGGUUGGAAAGUUGAAUUACCCAACCAGUAAUCUUGCAUUUGCAUGUAGGGCAUACUCGCAAAAAUCCAAAAGCAUUUACGACAUUGUUGUGGUCGGGGGUGGAAUUGUCGGAACGGCCUCGGCUAGGGAGAUUCUGUUGAGACAUCCAAACUUAAAAAUUGCCAUCGUAGAGAAGGAAAAUAAGCUAGCUUUCCAUCAGAGUGGACACAACAGUGGCGUGAUACAUGCUGGAAUCUAUUACAAACCUGGUUCUCUGAAAGCGAAACUCUGCGUCGAAGGCCUCCAUCUCAGCUAUAAAUACUUUGACGAGAAAAACAUUCCCUACAAGAAGGUGGGCAAGUUGAUUGUCGCCACGAAUGAUGUUGAAGUAGAACGAUUGAAUGAUCUAUACCAACGUUCACUGGCCAACAACGUGCCCGACGUUCAGCUGGUGGAUGCCGACCGCAUCAAGGAAAUAGAACCCUACUGUCAAGGUUUGAAGGCGAUCUGGUCACCCCACACUGGCAUCGUAGAUUGGGGCUCAGUCACCCAGUACUAUGCUAAGGAUUUCAAAGAGGCCGGAGGAGAUGUGUAUCUCAACUUCCAGGUUUCCAAGUUUGAGGAAUCCAAGGACCCAGCUUAUCCAAUCGUGGUUAGAAGCAAAAACAAUCAAACGGUGCAAUCUAAAUACAUUCUAACAUGUGGAGGGUUGCAAUCGGAUAAGGUUGCCGAACUGACUGGAUGUUCUCCACUGCCGAAGAUUGUGCCUUUCCGAGGGGAGUACUUGCUGCUGAAUCCGGACAAAACCUACCUUGUUAAAGGCAAUAUCUACCCGGUGCCAGAUCCGAGAUUCCCCUUCUUGGGUGUCCAUUUCACUCCCCGCAUGGACGGAAGCGUUUGGCUGGGACCGAAUGCUGUUCUUGCCUUCAAGCGAGAAGGAUAUAAAUGGAGUGACAUUAACCUGAUCGAGCUUUUCGACGCUCUCCGGUUUCCGGGUUUCAUCAAAAUGGCACUGAAAUAUGUAGGUGCCGGCAUGCAGGAAAUGUUGAAAUCCGCUUUAAUCCCAUUGCAAGUCAAGGAACUGCAAAAGUUCAUUCCAGAGGUGCAAGAUUACGAUGUAUCCCGGGGUCCGGCCGGAGUUCGUGCUCAAGCCUUGGAUAACGAUGGUAACUUAGUGGACGAUUUCGUAUUCGACCAAGGAAAAGGUGAUAACGCUCUGGCCAAGAAUAUCCUACACUGCCGCAAUGCUCCAUCGCCGGGAGCUACGAGCUCAUUAGCUAUUGCGAAAAUGAUAGCAGACAAAAUUGAAACUCAGUUUAAUAUUAAGUAGAAUCGAUCCGUGGCUGUGGUGAAUUCUUUUUGAAAUGCAUUUUGUUAUUUUUGUCGUAAUAUGUUUAUCAAAUGUUAAAAUUAAAAAUAAUCCUUGAGUUUUA